AUGGCACUGAACCCAGAGUGGAACAGAGGGAAGCUCCAGAGGAGAUGCCCCUUUCUCUUCCACUCUGGGAAAAGCACUGCUGCUGAUGGGCUUGUUCUGGUCCUGGAGCUGGCUGCUGAUGGGCUGGUCCCGGGUCUGGCUGCUGAUGGGCUGGUCCUGGUGCUGAUUUCACUUAUACCAGUGGCUCGUGCUCAAGCAAAACCCAAACCGACUGUGAGAGUGAAUCCUCAGAGCUCCGUCUACACUGGAGACACCAUCACUCUGAGCUGUGAGCUGCAGCAGUCGACUGGAUGGGAGUUUCUCUGGCACAAAAAAAAUCAGCACUUACAGCUUCUGAACAGUGAACAAGCACACACACAAGUGACAGUCGAUAAUGCAGGAGAAACAGUGUAUCAGUGUCGCGCACGCAGGAGAGACUACUUCUACUACUACUACAACUACAACAACGGCUACUACUACACAGAGCUCAGCGAUUCUGUCAGGAUUACAGUGAGAGAGAGACCACGGGCAGUACUGAGUGUAUCUCCACAGAGCUGGCUGACUGAAGGAGACUCAGUGACUCUAAGCUGUGAGGUUACAGACUCCUCUACAGACUGGACAUUCAGCUGGUACACAACUGUUCCCUACAGAGACGGCUUAACUCAAAUAAAACAUAAUCGUGGCUAUAGCAUGUAUGUGGAGCUCCUCUCAGACAGCAGCAGAGGAUCUGGAGGCAACUACACUCUCAUUCCUGCUGCUCUGAAUCACACAGGAGUUUAUAUGUGCAGAGGAGAGAGAGGAGAACCAGCCGUUCACACACAGUACAGCAAUCCACAGCCACUAUGGAUCACUGGUGAAUCUCCUCCAGUCUCUCUGAUCAUCAGUCCCAGCAGAACUCAACACUUUACUAAUGACUCUCUCUCACUGAGCUGUGUGGACCAGAGUAACUCUACUGGAUGGACAGUGAGACGAUACACACACAGUGAGGGAGUGUUAGAUUGUUCACGGUGGGGAUCAGUUACAGGAUCUACAUGUAAAAUCAGCUUCCUCUCCACAUUACACACUGGAGUUUACUGGUGUGAGUCUGAAUCUGGAGAAAACAGUAAUCCUGUAAACAUCACAGUGCAUGAUGGUGAUGUGAUCCUGGAGAGUCCUGUCCAUCCUGUGACUGAGGGACAUCCUCUGACUCUACGCUGUUUAUAUCGGAGCACAAAUUCCUCAAACCUCCGAGCUGAUUUCUAUAAAGAUGGAUCAGUUCUCCAGACACAGACUACAGGAGAGAUGAUCAUCCGAACUGUCUCAAAGUCAGAUGAAGGUUUCUACCACUGUAAACACCCAGAGAGAGGAGAGUCACUGAAAAGCUGGCUCUCAGUCAGACGUUCUAGAUCCGGUGGUGUAACAGUAGGAGUGGCUGUGGGUUUGGGAUUUUUGUUCAUCGCUUUGCUGAUUUUAAUGAUCCUGCUGUGGUCCUACAAAAGAAAAAAAGAUCUUCAGAAAACCAAUCAGACAUCAGAGCAGAAUCAGAGCCGGUCAAGAGCUGAAGACUCUCAGUCAGGACACACACCACUUCAGGCUGGUGAAGCUGCAGCUGAGAGUGAAGCCACUUACACACAGAUCUCGAAGAAAAAGAAGACAAACAGGAACAAUGCUGGUGUUAGUGAUGUGAUUUAUGCUAAUCUUGAACUAAAACCAAUGAAAAAUGAAAACAGAAUAAAAGGUAAAGCAAAAUGAAGACAUUUUAUUUUGUGUCAUAGUUCACCUUCACCCUACUCUUAUUUUAUGUAAUGAAUAAAACACUCUGUUGUGCUGUUAUAGGAAAAUAAUCAAUGACAGUGUGGUGUGAUGAAGCAGAGCUACUGCUUCAGAGUUCCUACCCUGAAGGUGAUUAUUUUCCUAUUACAGCACAUCCCAAAGUGUUUUACCACAGCAACUUCCCUAUUUAAUUCAUUAAAGAGUGACAUGUCAUACUUUUCAUCCAUUUAUUUUUUGUGAGAUUUCUGCAAAAGUUAGUUCCUUUUACCACUUGUGUUUCAUCACGUAUAAACAGUCGUUCCUUUAUCAGCUUCUCUUUUUUCUCUUAAAGUGAUAAAGCUUAGAGUCCUCUGUCCUGAAGACUUUCCCAUGUUAGAAAAUUUCCUGACUGUUACACAGUGCUGACACUGGAGACUCCUUCCAUAAAUGUUAAAUAAACUUCUAACAGAAAAAUCCAUAUUAACACUUACAUUUUUUUUUUGUUAAACAACAUCCCUUAAUCUGUUUAUUCACAUAAUCUAUCACUUUAUUUAUGUAAUCUGUUACUUUAUUUGUGUAAUCUGUUACUAUAGAAGUGAUAUCAUAUUAGAACAAUUGGCAUUAAUAUAAACGUGUGAUUUGCAGCUGCACUACUGUCAGAGCUGCUGUUAUAGAAAAUUAAUCAACACCUUCUGACCAAUCAGAAUCCAGAAUUCAACACUGCUGUGGCCUAAUGUAUUUUACUUGUGUAUGAUUUAAUAUCCAGAUCAUUUUCUAUUUAAUACUUUCGAUGACUUGUAAUUUUUCAGGAAAUUAAUUAAGGAUAUCUUGAUUCCCACUCGAAAAGGCCAGUGUUUUAAAGGUGCAUUGGGUAGAACUUGGCAUCUAGCAGUUACAGUAUCCAUGUACACAAAACCCCGCCUCACAGAAUCUGCAAGAUUUCAUCCAUGUUAGAUUGGUAGCUGUCUAGAUAACUUUCCAUCAUCUCAUUCUACUUGGACAGUUAUGACAUAGUUAGCUAUGAACAUGCAAAAUACUGACACGCCAAAUAACUAACUGAUUUCUUGCUGCGGUCACUGAUUCAAAAAGUUAAUUAGUUUGUAACAUCAGUGAUAGCAAUGUGAGGAGAAAUGUAUUUCUAAACAUAUUUAUUGCAAUCUCUUUCUUUCUCCCUGCAGUGAGCCGUGUGUCUGUGUCCACUGAUGAAGCUACAGUUAUCAAACAGAUCGCUGGAAAACCGUGAUUUGUGAUUGUCUUCUGUUUUUCCUAAAAUGCUCAGAGUAGUAAAGUCUGCUCAUCCCCUUCCUGUACCCAAGAAACAUUACUUAUCAUUUUUUACUGCUUUUCCUUUUCUACUUAUUCUGUACACUUAUUAUUAAGGGAAGAAAUAUAAUUAAUUUUAUAUACAUGUGGCUCAUUUGCACAUUUUGACACAUUUAAAAAGAAAUUUGUAAUACGAUUACUUUUAUUAAUGCACUUUUAACUGGAUACAAAAACAAGUAAAAGAAAAAUAAAAAAAAAACUAUAUGGACAAAAGUAUUGGGACACCUGACCAUUACACCAACAGGGACUUUAAUGACAUCACAUUCUAAAUACAUUAAUUUGGAGCUGGUCCCCCCUUUGCAGCUCUAACAGCUUCCACUCUUCUGGGCAGGCUUUCCACAAGAUUUGCGUGUUUCUGUGGGAAUUUUUGCCC